GGGUAUGAGGUGGGUCGGGGGGCAGGGGCUAGGAUGCCGUGGCAGGUCGGCACGGGAUGCGGAUUGGGGGGCAAGAGAGUGGGUCGGGGGGAAGACAGGUCGGGAUCGGUGUAGAUAGAGAAGCCGCUGAUACUUGCCCCGACCUGACGAUCUGUCUUUGGCGUUGUCGUUCGUUUGUAGGCGAUGAUGCUCGUUCAUCGUCUGUUGUUUUGGGCUGAUGUCGUGGUUGUAGGAGUUCUCGAGGUUGAGGCUUGUGCAGCAUUUUUGGUUGGUGUGGUCGAGGCGCUGUUGCCUGUGACUGGUGUAAAUGGCAGCGGUGUCUGUCUUGAUCUGCUCAUGUGUGCGAUAUCUGGUUCUGCUGCCAUGGCGCCUCUUCUGCUGCCUCCCGCCGUUGCCGGUAUCUUGACAGGGGCGUCAGGGAACAUGAUGCCCGCAAAUAUGUUCGCAAAUGGCACAUUCUUUAAAGUUGGAUGGUUGAUGCGUGAUCUUCGGGACUUCCGCAUGGGUCGUGUGUUUGAGUUUACAGGAUCAGUUUCACGGCACGAGAUUCGUCAUUACGAGAUCGAUGCGCGGGGGGAGUUGUCCUUGCGUCUGGUGGUUGGGUUGGGCUAUGACGGGGAGUAUUUGCGUGAUGUCAUUGUGUAUGUGACGAAGGUGGAUAAUGAUGUUCCAGACCGCCACGUUGGUGCCACCGUGGACAUCGUCGAGUGCAUGGUGCGUCUGGUUACUACGGCAAUACUCUCAGAGCAUGGUGAUUACCUAUCUUCAAUAGUGGAAUGGGAAGCAAUUUUGGAUGCGCCAUUGGUAGGCCGUGGCUAUAUGCGUGGCGUGCUUCAAUUGUAGACUGAGGUGCAUGAUCUAGUGCUAUAGGUGGUCUACAUGGUCAAGUAGCAUCUAUGGUGUAUGUGACGAAGGUGCACGAUGAUGUUCCAGAUCAUCACGUUGGUGUAGGCGAAGGCAUCGUCGAGUGCAUCUGGUUACUACGGCAAUACCUACAGAGCAUGGUGAUUACCUAUUUUCAGUAGUGGAAUGAAAAGUAAUUUUGGAC